CCAAGGCAAAAUGACUGACAGGAGUUAUGGAGUGUCUGUGUAUUUUUUCAUUCCUGUGCAAUAGCAUUUAGUCCUGGAUGGAAGAGUGUUAAGUUAUAGGCAAUGCUUAACUACAAGUCGAGCCCAUGGAUUACUAAUUAGCUGGUUUCCUAUUUCCGGUUUUAACAAUGCCUGUGAUGAGACUAACGGAUGCAUCCAUAACAACACUGCACUGCUGCACAACCCAGGAGCGGCCCGGUCACAUCAUACAUUGAUCAAGGUCAUCAUGUAUAGCAAGUGUGGGAGAUCUGAGACGUCCUCUGGUCCCAUGAGCAGCAGCAGCAUUACAGGUCUCUUGUCUGCACUCUGUGACUGCAGCCUGUCCGGAGUGUCAUGGAAGCGCCGCUCUUUUGGAAGUAUCUCCCGUGUGGCGCUCCACCGUGCCCUCCGAAGACGUGCCUACGCCACACUGCUUUCCAAACUUUUCCAGGAUGGCGCAUCCAAACCGACCUCGUCGAUGGCAAACGCUUUAGCCAACACACCCUCUUACAACAAAAUGCUUAUGAUCUCCUUUGACUUGCGUGUCUCAGGCCAUGCUGAGGACGCAGAAAGGCUCGAGGGCCUGCUGGGACAGCUGCGUGAAGCAGGCCUGUCCUCUGGACUGACUGAGCUUGACUCAGUGCUGGAGCUCUUGGCACAGCUGGCAGGGUCGGGUCCUCCACCUGUGUCCUCGUUCAGCAGGGACUGCAUGCGGCGUGAACGCCGUGUGCUGCGCAGACCUCCGCUGCCGGGUUACUUCAGCGAGGAACUGCAGAGGCUGGAGAGCAGGACCUGGGCUCUGGUGUGUGAGGAGGAAUGGGGAGCAUUCGGGGGAGUUUGUAGGACUCUCAGCAUAUUGGACGCUCCACCAGGGACUGGACUGUUUGGUUUGGAGAGGAAACCAGAAGGAGAGGAGAGGUUUGAGAGAGACACCAGACUGUCCCUUUUUGGAGCUCUGCAGCACUCGCGGACAGCAGAUUUGGACGUCCGGCUGGACUUGCCACCAGUGCCUAGUAAUGCCGAGGUCACAGGACUCAAUAUACGGGUUCCUCAGUGUUUGGAUCAGUCUGAGGAUGAAGGAUUCCUGUCUGCCUCCAAUCUGACUCCUGACUCGCAGUCUGAGCAGAGCCCCAGCCCUGAGCCUGAUGUCUGGGAGGUCUUGCGCACGUUUGUACCUGCUAGACGUCGCUGCUGGGAAAACGUAGGCUGUCCUCCAGGUCAGAAAGAGCCUCCGUAUCUGACAGAAGCAGGCAGAGACGCAUUUGACCAGUUGUAUCGGCUUUGGGAAGGCGAGAUGAGGAACAUGCUCUCCUCUCACACUCCCUCUCCUCUCCUGCCCCUGCCUCUGGACUGCCAGACUCAGCUAGUUAAAGACCUCCUCAACGUGCUUAUCGGGGUGGCUUCUGUUACUUUCCCCCUCAAUGAGUCAAGCGUUCAGUUUGAUGUGCGUGCGGAUGUGUGUGUGUCGGGAACAUCCCCGGAGAGCGUGUCGCGCCUGUUAGAGGAGCUGGCACAGUACGGCACACAUUACCUUCGCCUGAGCCGCUUCUCUCUGGGUUCUGCUGAUAAGAAAGGCCUGGUGUUUCAGGCAUUUACAGGUGGGCUGCGGCGUUAUCUGCACUACUACAGAGCGUGCGUACUAAGCACUCCAGCCUCUCUCAGCCUCCUGACCAUCGGCUUCCAUUUCCGCAAGCUGGGCCGACAGCUUCGGUACCUUUCUGAGCUUUGCUGUGUGGAUGGUGCAGCUGGUGCACGCCAGGCUCCGUUCCCUGUGGGUGUGAAGCUCCUCUCCUACUUGUAUAACGAAGCGCAGAGCAACUGCAGUAACGAGAACUACCCUGUGCUGCUUUCUCUGCUCAAGAGCAGCUGUGAGCCUUACACACGGUUUGUGUCAGACUGGGUGUACAGUGGAGUCUUCAGAGACGUGUAUAAAGAGUUCAUGAUCCAGGUGAACGAGGACUACCUCAGCUACAGAGAUAAGCAUUUCUGGGUGCAGGGCUACACUCUGAUCUCGCAGGAUGCGGAGGACUGCGUGCCCGUGUUCCUCCGUCAUAUCGCCAACGACGUGUAUGUCUGUGGAAAAACCAUCAACCUGCUGAAAAUCUGUUGCCCACAGCAUUAUAUCUGGUCGGAGGUGCCCGUGCCACGCAUCGCUGUGACAUUCUCACUGCGGGAGGUGGAGGAAAUUGAAAGAGAUUGCGCCGUGUACCGUGGCCGCAUGGAGACCAUCGCCAAGCACAGCGCCAUCAGCAGAGAGGAGCAGGCGUUGCGGACCGAGCUGGCACGCCAAGAGCUCAUCAAUCAGGUCAGGGAGUCGGCAGCCAAGACGCUGGAGAGCAUCCGAGGCCGUCAGGUGUCACAGCGUCUGGCUGAGGAGGCGAAGAAGAGAGAACGCUUUGAAGAGCUGAGGCAGCAGUUAGAGCUCGAUCAAGAGUGGCGCAAUGCUAUCAGAAGGAAGGAGCAGGAAGAUGAGUACAGUUUUGCCCGAGAGCUUAGAGACAGAGAACAGAGGCUGCAGGCCCUCGAGGAGCAGCUGGAGCGCAGGGCACGCAUGGACCUGAUAGCACAGUACAGUCGUCUGUCUGAGGAGGCAGCAAAGAAAGAGCGGAGGGCAAUGUGGAAAGUGCAGAGGAUGAGACUACAUGAAGCUAGAGUGGACUUCCUACUGCAGGACCAACACACCAUACAGGCUCUGCUUGCGAGAUAUCCUUUAGGACAGGAAUGCCCCAGUCAGGUUCCAGCUCUUACGAAGAAACCACCUCAGGAUCAGCAGGAAUCUCACACUCCUGAGAUACAAAUGAAAAAUCUGACCAUGGAGCAGGAGCUCACCGCUCCUUCUGAUUUGAUUUUGCCUCCCCCUUGCCCGCCUGCAGUUCUCUCCCCCUCCACCAGGAAUGUUGACGCUCUGAUCUCAGAACAAAUAGACAUUACAGACUUCCUUCUGAAACCUCCGCAUCCCACGGACAGUUCAGCAGUAACCCGGGCUCUACAGGACAUUAGCUGUGACCUCUCAGAAUUCUCCAGAAACCCUAAUUCAGACUAUGACUUCUCCUCCCCCUACAGCCCUCUGGAAUGCCUUAGGCCCCAGUCACACUCUGCUCAUCCCUCCCUCUCCCACAAAGUCCCAGAGCCUGGGGCAAGUCAACAUGGCCAUCCUUCACAGAAUUCACUUCAUCUGGAGGAUAGUGCUGCCUCGAGGCACAUGUCGCAAGCUGGUCCGAGUGAAUUAGAGCCAGCGAAAGAGACAGAAGCACAAAACAUGACCCCAGAUAAAUGUCAGGAGACAAACAAACUGCCUAAAGAGAAGAUGUUACAUGGAGAAGACAAAGAACCUUCAGCAAGUGGUGUGGAGUUGGAGCCAAAACCACCAAUGAAUAGCAUAGCAGAGGAGGCCAAAUCUAGCGAGCAGCUUUUUCAGCCCCUUCGGAUAACAGCUGAGCAAAUUCCAAUAGAUCUCGUGCUGAUCACUGGUAGUUGCCAAGACUCUGAUGUCCAAAGCAAAUCUAAGAAUAAUGUCUCAGGGGUACCUAGUGUUUCCUCCUCCAAUACUGCCCAGGGCCAUUCCUUUAAUGCUAACAUAAGGACUGGUGGGCUUUUUUCUGAUGCUAUCAUGGUUCUUCCCUUCCCAAAUAUCCAUGGUCACAUUUCUGAUGCUCAUAUUAAAGUUGGAGAGCUUGUUUCUGAGGUUACUGUGGCUGUUCCCUCCCCAAAUAUCCAUGGUCAUGUUUCUGAUGCACAUAUUAAAGUUGGAGAGCUGGUUUCUGAGGUGACAGCACCCACUGCAUCUCACACUGUUCAUGGCCAUGUCUCUGAUGCCCAUAUAAAGAUAGGAGAGCUGGUUUCUGAGGUUCUUGCUCCUCUACCUUCACAAAAUAUCCAUGGUCAUGUCUCUGAUGCUCAUAUAAAGAUUGGUGAGCUUGUUUCUGAAGUAUCUACCCCAACCCCUUCCCCUAAUAUCCAUGGCCAUGCCUCUGAUGCUCAUAUAAAGAUUGGUGAGCUUGUUUCUGACGUAUCUACCCCAACUCCUUCCCCUAAUAUCCAUGGCCAUGCCUCUGAUGCUCAUAUAAAGAUUGGUGAGCUUGUUUCUGAGGUAUCUACCCCAACCCCUUCCCCUAAUAUCCAUGGCCAUGCCUCUGAUGCGCACAUAAAGGUAGGCGAGUUCAUCUCAGACGUUGCUCCGUCUCGCCCUCGUUGGAGCAAACAUGGCCACUCUUCAGACAGCACUCUUAAAGUGGGCUGCUUGAUGCCAGAAGCUGAACCAACACAUUCCCCGUUGCCAGGCAGUGCUUAUGGUCACUCAUCAGACUCCACGCUAAAGGUUGGCUGUGUCGUAUCUGGUUCAGACCCCCUGCCUUCCCCACUCCCUGGUAGUACAUAUGGGCACUCGUCAGACUCGACACUGGGUAUAGGGUGUGUGGUGAUGGGGCCACAGGACCCUAAGCAGCCCCCUCUCCCUGGUAGUGCCUAUGGACAUUCCUCUGACUCUAGCCUGGGUGUAGGCUGUGUGGUGCAAGGGAUCAAGCCUGGAAGCUCUUAUAGUGAAGCCUCUCAAACAGGACCCAAACUUCCCACAGAGGACAAGAACAAGCAAGACAGCCAAGAGACACAGGAUGUUCCCCAAACUCAGCUGCUCACUCUGGGUGAGGGUCUCGCUGCCUGGGCCCGGGGUCUCGGACUGUCCCCCUCAGAGAGACCAGAGGACGACUAUCUCCUCAAGCUGGCCUCUCAGUACCACGCUGAGCAGUACGAGGAUUGCUACAGGCAAAUGAAGUCGGCCCCCGAAGCCCAGCUCCUGCAGCAGGUGACCCGUGGGCCGAACGUUCUCCCAGCAGACUCGUCUCUGCACUGUGCUACAGACUCGACUGCCGUGCAGCUCAGCGAGAUGAUGCCCCUCCCUGUGCUCAUGAAACACUCCGUCACGACCCCACUCAUCACACACUUGUCGAUGGUGAAUAAGGCGGUGGUGGAUUAUUUCUUUGUGGAGCUGAGAGUGGAGAAGCACUUUGAAGCUUUGAGGCAUUUCCUACUGAUGGAAGACGGGGAAUUUGCUCUGUCGCUCACAGACCGCCUCUUUGAGAAGUUGGGCAGUGGGCAAACCCCUGGUGAGCUGCUGACACCCCUGGUGCUGAACUCCAUCCUGAACAAGGCCAUGCAGUACAGUGUGCACGGUGACAGUGAGCUGGCUAAUAACUUCACGUUUGCGUUGCGCUACCUGCCCGAGGUGUUCCAUCCCCAUGCUCCCGACUCACUCAACUGCCUCGAGCUGCGCUACAAGGUGGACUGGCCUCUGAAUAUCAUAAUCACGGACAGCUGUGUGAAUAAGUACAACCGGCUCUUCUCCUUCCUGCUACAGCUCAAACACAUGGUGUGGUCUCUCAGUGAUGUGUGGUUUCAUCUCAAACGCACAGCUGUGGUAAAGGGAGCAGGACGCUCAGUACAGUUCCGUCAGCUGCAGCUAUACAGACAUGAGAUGCAGCACUUUGUGAAGGUGAUCCAGGGUUACAUCGCUAAUCAGAUCCUGCAGGUCUCCUGGAGUGAGUUCACACAAAAACUGAGCAGUGCCAACGACCUGGAUGCCAUCCACCACACACACGCAGAAUACCUCAACAGGGCCAUCUUCAGGGCUCUGCUGACGGAGAAAGCCGCUCCGGUGAUGAACAUCAUCCACAGCAUCUUCAGUCUGAUCCUGAAGUUCCGCGGCCAGCUGAUCGCUCAGGCGUGGCAGAGUCAGCAGGGCGAGACGGUGCACCCGAGCUUCAUCGCCAUGCAGCAGUCUUACAACACAUUCAAAUACUACUCGCGUUUCCUGUUCAAAGUGGUUUCCAAACUGGUUGAUAAAGGCUACCAGCCUCAUUUAGAAGACUUCCUGCUGCGUCUUAACUUCAACAACUACUACAAGGACUCGUGAUGUGAUGCAUUUAUGCCUCUCGGUGAGAAAUAAGCAUGAAAUGGACUUCAGCCUCACAGGGAAGUCAGGGAGGCUUUCUGGAUGCAAAUGAUCUGCUUCGAGACGGUGGAGCAAUGAGAGUGUACAGUGCUAUAAAGUAUUAUAGCAGUGAGAGAAACAUGUGAUUAGCAGUUCACUUUUAUAUGGUCAGUUCAGGAUUCAGGAAUUUACUGAAUUAUGGAAUUAAAUUGACUUGAGCAUCUCUUCACUCCUGGACAUUGAGCUUAUGUCAUAUUCAUGUUUUAUAUUUAAAUAAAACCAUCAAACUCG